AUGGAAACCAACCUGGUGCUGCGAGUGUUGACCACUCAAGAGCUAGCGAAGGACCCAUCUUUGAUACCUCUCAUCCAGAUGAUCAACGAAACCUACGAAGGAAAUUUGGAAGAUCCCGAGGGUAUUAACGAUCGGUAUUCUGGACCAGACGAACUUUUGCAAGAGCUUGGAGCGGAUGGCUUAUGCACACUUGUCCUCGAUUGUGGCAAUAACAACAGUCCGGUUGCAGUAGUAGGGGCGCGAAGAUGGAAGGGGCAUCGGAAUUAUGGCAAUCCCCAGGACGACGGAAGGGAUUGGGAAAUCGCGCCCGCAGCAUCUCAUAGAGACCCCAAAUAUCGGAAGAAGGGUCUUGUUGAUCGAUGUCUGCAAGCAGUAUACGCACAUCUGCUCGCACAAGCAGGAACUGGAGCAGAAGCAGGGCCUAGGCCUGUGAGGCUUCAUAUGACGGUGUUGGAGGACCUGAACGCCGAAUACUGGAAAAGGAAAGGAUAUAAGCAGGAUGGAGACAGAUGGUUGAUACCCAAGGGACGAUGGCAUAAAUUUCACGAAUAUACAGUGAUUGAUAUGCUCAAAGAAAUAAGUCCGGGCGAGAUGUGA